CUGGAUUUGGAUUAAAGCCUGGGCGUUUUAGGGUGAGGCACCAUUUAUUAGAACGACACUCAUAACCAGAGAUUCAUUCACCUCAGGCACGCUGGGAAAAUUCAUCAUUUCUGCCGUUUACUCCAGCUUGUGAAAAUGGAGGCUUUGUCUGCAGCAAACACUCAGUUCUCCCUCAACCUGUUCAAGAAGAUCAGCGGAGGAAACGCAUCAGGAAAUGUGUUUUACUCUCCUGUCAGCAUCUCCUCGGCUCUGGCCAUGGUGUCGCUCGGUGCAAGAGGAAACACAGCAGCUCAGAUGUUUAAGGUCUUGGGCUUUAACAAUCCUCCCAAACCCGACGCUGCGACUCCAGCACCUCAACAACUAACCCAGAAACCCCAGAUAACAUGUGGCGUCAAGGGUCAACAUGAACCAUCAAUGACACAACAAACCCAGAAGUUUGAGAUACCUGCCGCACUCAAGGUACCGGGCCCAAAAACUGAGGACCAAAUUCAUUUGAGCUUCAACAAGUUUAUGAGUGAGCUGAACAAACCAGGAGUCCCGUAUGUGUUGAGUCUUGCCAACCGCCUCUACGGAGAGCAAUCCUACCAGUUUGUUGAGAAAUUCCUCAAUGAUGCAAAAAGAUACUAUGAAGCCGGACUGGAGGAGGUGGACUUCAAGACCAAAUCAGAGGCUGCUCGUGUCACCAUCAACAAAUGGGUGGAGAAAAAAACACAAGAGAAGAUCAAGGACUUGGUGCCACAGGGAGCUGUCGAUGAGAUGACGAGACUGGUCUUGGUGAACGCCAUCUACUUCAAGGGGAACUGGGAGAAGAAAUUCCCAAAGGAAGCCACCAGAGAUGCGCAGUUUAAGAUGAACCAGAAUCGAACUAAACCAGUGAAGAUGAUGUAUCAAAAGGCACAGUUUCCUCUGGCCUUCAUCCCAGAGAUGAACAGUCAGGUUCUGGAGCUGCCGUAUGUUGGGAAGAAUCUCAGUAUGUUGAUCAUCCUUCCUAACGAGAUGGAAGACAACACCACUGGCCUUCAGAAGCUUGAAAAGGCACUGACCUACGAGAAGCUCAUGGAGUGGACCAAACCCAGCAACAUGCGUCAACAAGAAGUUCAAGUAUCUCUGCCCAGAUUCAAGAUGGAGGAAAAAUACGACAUGAAGAGUCUUCUGAUCAGCAUGGGAAUGGAGGAUGUUUUUGGACAUGCAGACCUUUCAGGCAUGUCCUCCAACAACGACCUGGUGCUGUCGAAGGUGAUUCAUAAAGCCUUUGUUGAAGUCAAUGAGGAAGGAACAGAAGCGGCUGCAGCCACCGGUGCCAUUGUUGCAAUACGUUCAUCUGCAUCGAUGUUCAUUGCAGACCACCCGUUCCUUUUCUUCGUCCGGCAUAAUCCCUCCAAUGCCAUUCUGUUUUAUGGACGCUUCUGUUCUCCUUGAAGAUAGUGAUGAUAAAGUGAUCAUUAGAGAUGACUGUGUUUCGCUAAUAAAUAAAAUCAUUAGUAAAUAA